AUGCCCGCGGGCCCCGGGACACCCGUCUCGCCGGGAGCAUCAGCGAGCGCCUCGGACCGGGGCUCAUCGGGGCCCCCAGGCUGCCCGCCCUCCCCGCUCCUGACUCGGGGGUCCCAGGAAUCCCCGGCCCCUCGACAGACCGCAGUUCGAGCCAGCGUUCCGCAAAAGCUGGCGGAGACGCUGAGCAGCCAGUACGGGCUGAACGUGUUCGUGGCGGGGCUGCUGUUCCUGCUGGCCUGGGCGGUGCACGCCGCGGGCGUGGGCAAGCGGGACCUGCUCUGCUUCCUCACGGCGCUCAUGCUGCUGCAGCUGCUCUGGAUGCUGUGGUACGUGGGCCGCAGCUACGCGCAGCGCCGCCUCAUCCGCCCCAAGGACGCGCACGCCGGGGCGCAGUGGCUCCGCGGAAGCAUCUCACUGUUUGCCACCAUCACCGUCAUCCUGGGGUGCUUCAAAGUUGGCUACUUCAUUGGAUUUUCCGAGUGUCUUUCGGCCAUGGAAGGCGUUUUCCCUGUCACACACGCGGUGCACACUCUGCUGCAGGUGUAUUUUCUCUGGGGACAUGCCAGGGAUAUCAUCCAGUCUUUCAAGACUCUGGAAAGGUUCGGGGUGAUCCACUCUGUGGUCACCAACCUGCUCCUCUGGGCCAACAGCGUCCUGAACGAGUCCAAGCACCAGCUGAACGAGCACAAGGAGCGGCUCCUCACUCUGGGCUUCGGGAACAUCACCUUAGUCCUGGACGACCACACGCCGCAGUGCAACUGCACGCCGCCCGCGCUGUGCCCGGCCGUGUCGCGCGUCAUCUACUACCUGUACCCCUUCAACAUCGAGUACCAGAUCCUGGCCUCCACCAUGCUCUACGUCCUGUGGAAGAACGUGGGCCGCARGGUGGACAGCCCCGCGCGCCCCGAGAUGCGGUUCCAGUUCAGCCGGGGGAUGGCGGGCGCGGCGCUGGGCCUGGGCGUGCUGGCGGCCACCAUCGGGGUGGUGGCCGUGUACCUGGUCCACAUCGGGCGCUCCAGGACCCAGAGCGAGUGGGCGCUGGUGCUCUUCUACCUGUCGGCCACCAGCCUGCUGACCCUCAUGGGCGCCGCGGGGCUGCUGGGAAUCUGGGUCUGCAGGAUGGACGAGCAGUCGCUGGAUGAGUCCAAAAACCCGGCCCGCAAGCUGGACGCGGACCUCCUGGUGGGCACGGCCUCGGGCUCCUGGCUCAUCUCCUGGGGCUCCAUCCUGGCCAUGCUCUGCGCCACCACCCGCCCGCGCUACACCUGGUUCAACCUGCCCUACUCGGUCCUGGUGAUCGCCGAGAAGUACAUCCAGAACCUCUUCAUCAUUGAGUCUGUCCACCGCGAGCCCCAGCCGCUCCGCGAGGACAUCCGCACKCUCCGCGUGGUCGCCGUCUGCAGCGGCGGCACCUCCUCCCUGGCCUCUUUCAGGGCGGUCAACGGGAGUCUGCAGCCCGGUUGUGGCAAAGAGGAAGAGGAGCGGGGCCGCCCGCCUCGCGAGCCUCGUGUCCUGCAGGGCAGCACCAGGAGGAGCGUCCUGAGGAAUGUGGCCGUCUUCCUGUUCCUCUGCAACAUCUCGCUUUGGGUACCUCCCGCCUUUGGCUGUCGCCCUGAGUACGACAACGGACUGGAGGAAGUCGUCUUCGGCUUCGAACCCUGGAUAAUUGUGGUCAACCUGGCCAUGCCGUUUUCUAUUUUCUAUCGAAUGCACGCGGCUGCCUCUCUCUUUGAAGUCUAUUUUACAAAAUACUACACUCGGCUUAAAGUGGCCCGCGUUCGGUUCUCCCGCAGGGACGGGAGCCUUGCUGUGGAGGGGCGUGGGCAGCAGGGGGCGCCGGUGCCCUUGCCGCCGCGCUGCCUCACGACCUUGGAGCGCAAACCAGAGACCAGGAGCAGAAGUGGUGAGAGCGCGUCCUUGCCUCGUGCUGACCUGGGGAAUAAGCUUCCAGUGUCUCCCUUUGUUCAUGGUGUCACCGUGGGUGUGACACUGACACACGUGGGCACGUUCACACCACAGUGUGGGCCUGGGGCGAGCUCUUUAGACAACGCGGGAAAGAGCCCAGGUGAGACGGUGCAGCCAGUCCUGAUGGGAAACCAUGGCCCCAUGACCCUGGAGCUCACUUUAGCACAGUCUCAGCAGCAGAGGGAAAAUGCUGUCUCCAAGAGUGAUGAGAAGCAUGGAUUCUCCUGUAUCUCCAAGGUCUACUCAGGGGUUCUGCAGGAAGCACUGAGAGGGAGGGGGGCUGCGGUGUUCAAGGCUGAGAAUCUGGGGCACCUGCAGGUGCUGGUCCAGCAGCAGAGGGGGCAGCAGCAGACGGAGCGCAGAGAAUUAGAAAGCCAGGGCCCAGGUGGGGCGGGAGCGGGGAAAGGAGCGCGCGGCGAAGGGCGGGAGCGCGGGACCCGGAGCGGCGCGGGACGGCGGGCGGCAGAGCUCCUGCGCUCUCCCUGCUCCCGCAGCUCCCGGCCCCCGCCCCUCGGUGGCGGCUCGCUCUUCCCUUCCCCGGCUCCGAACCAGACAMGGCGGCUGUUGCCACCGCCACCAGGCGCGCUGUAG